GUGGGGUUGUUGAUUACCUAAUUAGGAGACCUCAUUUGCAGGUGUGACUGCUUAGUAUAAUCUGUUGCAGGUUCGGAUUUGAGAACUGACUCAUAAAAAUCCUAAAUUAAACAGCUAUCUUCUGGGAGGUAUAUUGCAAAAAUGUCAGAAUUCACCUGUAAUUUGCUUGACUUUUCUCCAUAGCAAGUGAAGAAGUGCCUGUCAUUUAUUCAGUGUCAUUAUUUGAGUGGAGUAUUUUUAAAAAAUGGAGGAAAGAGACCCAAAGCUGAAGAAACAGACCUGAUUCAGUAAUGUGGCCUGGACACAAACCCAAAAAGUUGUUGCAAAAUAAGGAGUGAAAUGCGUCCCUAUGGCCUGCGGCAGAGUAUUCGAUGUCCUAAGAAAUAUGGGGAGACUAUUAAAGAGAGGAAACUCAUGUCGGCUCCAUAUUAUGAUUUGGACAUAUUGUGUGAGCAGAGUAAAGCAGACCCUCAGAAACCGCUGGAUGACAGGUAUAUAAGAAAUGCUGCCAUUCUUCCAGAAGUCAAACUACCCCACAGCGUGCCUACUACUGAACAGAAGACCUCCGGCAGUGUGUCAACCAGCCAGCCAGGACCUCUGAUGAUGCACGGCUUCACAGUACCAGAGUACCAGCAGACGUAUCAUUUAGUUGUGGACCCCCUGCUCUUCAGGCCUUGCGGGCAGCUCGCAGCCUAUGGUCUGGAGCUGGGCCGUAACAUUAAGGAACAUCUGUUUAAAGAGCUGGCCUACCCCACACUUCAAAUUUCAGAACAACAAAAUGGAAAGGUGGAGGUGAUGGAGAGAUUUUGUGUGCUUCGCCCUACACCUUUUAUAGAUGUAGACAUUAAUGGGGAACCAUAGUGAUAUUCUUCCACUGACUUUCUAUAAUACGAGUGUGAUAUUUUUUAUUUAUGUGUCUUAAGACUUUAUUUUGAAUUUAGAAUUUUCCUUAAAAUGUAA